AGGUUUAAUGAUAAUGUUAUUUUUUAAUCAUUUAUUUAUAACAUUUAAUAUUAUUUAUUAAUAUUAUACUAAUGUAAUAUUACUUAAAUUGAUUUUGACAAUCAUUAAUUUUGUGAACUUUUUGUAUUUUUUUUUAUCUUGUUUAUAAUUUACUAACACUCACAUUCAUUUUCGAUGUGGCGAUCACAAUAUUAGCAUACAUGUUCAUACAAUCGCCAUAAAUAAGAGUGAAGGACAUUUUUUGAUUAUUUGGUGGUGCUAAAUUAUGAUUUAAGUAACGUCAAAUCUUAUGUAUGAUAUCAAGCUCAAUCGUGUUUAACUGCCAAACGAAUGAUCACAGAAUAUCAAAAAGAGUUGAAAAACAAAUGUUUAAAUGGAAGCAUCCUCAAUUAUCACCCAAGUGUCGCGGGAGGACGAACACUUAAAGAGUUAUACCCCCAACAAAAGUAAUCAUGUUAGAAUGAAAAAUGAACGGGGAUUGUGGCGAACAUUGCUUUGUUGUUUUGGAAAAUCAAGAACAAGACCAAAGUCUUCCUUUGGACCAAGUGGAAGUAUACGUGGAACUAACACUAAAUCUAACCGAAGUUUAACACCUCCACUUAGUCCAGAUCCUUCACAGACAUCAUACCUUUUACCAGCUGUAAAACAUCAAGACAUGCAUAAAAAGUGUAUGGUGAUUGAUUUAGAUGAAACUCUUGUUCAUAGUUCAUUCAAGGCAAUUAACAAUGCAGAUUUUAUUGUACCUGUAGAAAUAGAUGGAACAGUUCAUCAAGUAUAUGUUUUAAAAAGACCUCAUGUAGACGAAUUUCUUCAACGUAUGGGUGAACUUUACGAAUGUGUAUUAUUUACUGCAAGUCUUGCUAAGUAUGCUGAUCCAGUAGCUGAUCUAUUAGAUCAGUGGGGUGUGUUUCGAGCUCGAUUAUUUCGUGAAUCAUGUGUAUUUUAUAGAGGAAACUAUGUGAAAGAUUUAAACAAAUUAGGCCGUGCUUUGCAUAAAGUUGUGAUUAUUGAUAAUUCUCCAGCAUCAUAUAUUUUCCAUCCUGAUAAUGCUGUUCCUGUUAAUUCAUGGUUUGAUGAUAUGACUGAUAAGGAACUAUUGCAUUUAAUUCCUUUUUUUGAAAAACUUAGUAAAAUGGAAAAUGUUUACCCAGUUAUUUGUAAUAUAAAUCAUAUGGCCAAUGCAGCAGCUGCUAUUGCCCAAUCACAUCACAUAAACAAUGACAACAAUUUAUAGCACUAAAUUAUAGUGCAAUAUAUUUGUGCCAAUAUUGGCUAUUUUCUAGCCAUUCAUAUUAAAAAAAAUAUAUAUUUAUAUAUAUAAUAAAAUUAUAUUAAAGUGAAAUUAUAUUAUUUCAUGAUAUAAUGUUUAUUUUAAUAUAUAAUGCAACAUAAUUUGUAUACAAAUUUAUAUGUUAUACCUUAUUCAGGUUUCAUUAAAACAAUUAAUUUUAAUUCUUGUUGAACUUCUUGAAAAUUUUUAAAUUACUUUUGUUUUUAUUUUUUAUUAUUAGUUUUUUUAUGUUGAAUCAGUGGUUGAAAAUAAAUGUAGAUAAUCAUUUUUUGAUUAUUAAAGAAAAGGACUUGCAAUAUAUCAAAAAAAAAAAAAAUGUUUGUAAAAAAAAUAAUAAAUGUAUUUAUACUAAUUUUAAUAAUUAUUGAGUAUUUUGUAAGAAAAAAUGUUAUUGUAUGCAGGAUUUCUUUAUUUAAUUUUAAUUUAUAAUCAAUUUAAUUAUAUAUUUUUUGAUUUAUUUGAUACUUUUAUAAAUGUAAUUAAUAAUCCAAAUACAUGUUAUAAAUCAAAAUCAGUAUUACUAUUUACCCAUUUAUUUUAAUAAAUGUAAUUAUUAUUUUUGGAAUAAAAUAUGUUAAAUAUAUUAAUUGAUAACAAAUUCAUCACAUUUCUUCAUCACUAAUAUUAUAUUUUCUUUACAAACGAUAAAUUAUCAUCUUUCUUAUUAUGCAAUACUUUUUAACAAUUUAUUAUUUAUAAAAUAUUUAACACAAUUCACAAGUAUCAUUUGUUAAUUAUUUAGUGAAAUACGUGUAUUUUUUCUCAAGAUAACAAAUAAAUACAUAAACAAAACCUAAACAAACAUGUUAAGAAAAUAAAAUAAAAUAGAUUAUUUUUGUAAAGAGAAUUAUAUUUUUUUAAUUUCAUACUUUUAAAAGAAUACCAGAUUUCAUACAUUUAUUUACUUAUAGAUAAUAAAUUGAUAAUUUUUUUUUUUAAUAUUUGUCUUGAUUAAAAUUUUAAUAAAAAUUAUGUACUCUUGAGAUGAAAUUGAAUUAUAAACUGUUACUAUUUAUAAAACUUAACCUAUAACUUUUUUUACUGAGAAUUAUGACUAGUUAAAGCUAAAUAAAAAUUUAAAAAUUAUUAAUUUAAAUAUAUUAAAAAGUAAAUAUAAAAACAAACACUCAAUUUUUUUAUUGUGGAGUUCUUUUUAAACAUGAAAUGUAUAUGAUUUAAUUUUAAGUUAAUUUAAAUAAACAAUUCUCAUCAAAUCAGUUAGCUUUUUUAUAUUGACAUAGUAAUAAUACUUAUUAUGAUAAAAUUGAAUGGCAAUUUUAUAAUAUAUAUUAUUUUUACUAAUUUGUGUAUUCUGUGUAAUUUUUGACAUAUAGAACACCAAUUAUAUCAAAUAGUAAUGUUUAUAAAAUUUUGCUAGCAAACUUACAAAAUAAUAUAUGUGACCAGCAAUUAUUAAAUGUUUGCAUAUUUUAUUCUUAAAUUAAUUUUAUAUUUAUCUUUUUUUUUAUUUUAAGUUAAAUAUAUUUUUUAAUCUAUAAACCUAAAACAAAAUUAGAAUUAACAAUAGAUUUAAGUUAUUUUUAUCAUUAAUUAAAAUUUUUUUUAGUUUUAAAACUAAAUGUUUAAUAGUUUCAAUCUAAUUUUUAUUUAUAUUCGGCCUCAUUCUUGCUUACUAAAUAAAUUUCAGUUAAUUUAAUGUAAUGCAUUGUGUUCUCAUUUGUUUGAAUCUCUAGAUCAAUUAGAUUUUUUGUUCUUAUUAUUAUUUUAAACCAACUUUUUAUUAAAAACAAAAUACUUAUCAUUACUAAAAUUAAUUUGUUAAUAUUUUGUUAUUGUCAAUUGUAAUAGUAUUAAAUAAUUUUAAAUGAAUAAUUAAAUUAGAAAUAAAAAAGGAAUUAUAAUUGAUGUGGCUCAUUUUAUCAUUAGUUUUUUAUUUUAAGUAUUACUAAAAAGUUAUAGACAGGUUAAUUACUGCUUGAUUAACGGGAAACUUUAAGUAUGCUUAAGAAAACAAUUCUUUAAACCAAUGACAUUUUUACAAAGUUUUAUCAUUAAAUGUAAAAACAUUACUCACCUGAACAAAAAUAAAUUUUAAGUUAUAAUAAUUUUUAUAACAAAUAAAGUAAAUUUUGUUUCUUUUUAUUAGAAUAUUUGUCCUUCACAUAUAAUAUUUUAUAAAAUCCACUAACCAGUUAUUACUUCUUUAUUCAUUCUUAAUGAUUAAUAGUCUUGUGAUUCAUAUUUUACUUUUCAUUCAUUCUUAUUAAUUAUAAACUUGGGGUUUUUAAUUACUUAAGAUUGCAUAAGAGUUUAUUUCUUCUCAACUUCUUAAACGUAAAUCCAGCACUGAAUUAAGUCAGGAUUUUAUUUUGAGGUAAAGUAAAGAUUCUAAAAAAUGAAAGUUUUUCCUCUUCACGCAAUACUAUUAAGUUAGGCUUAGGAAUCGAACCAGGGUGUUAUAAUAGUUGGUAAUAUAAUAUCGUUAUAAUAUAGUAGAUCCUAGUAUAAAAAAUAAAUAAAUCUAAACUUAACCUAGAGUAUAAUUAUGAA